AUGGCUGCAGAGGCAGAAAAGAGAGAUUAUCCUGAGAGCAGCAAUAUCGAUGAUCUAUCCGAGGAAGAAAAGCCAAGUUCUGGGGUCACCCUCCACACACUGACUCCAGAGAUGGAUGCUCAGUGGAAGGCCGUUUUCCACGAGUGUGUACAGCCAAGAGGUUUGGGUCUGCAGGAGAUAAAGAUGGAGAAGCUCAGCAAGGAAACCAUACAGCAGAAGAAGAUGGAACAGCAACACCCUACUGAUAACUUGUCCCAGGACUGGUUCAACACCGAGCCCACGACCCUGGAGACCCGGGCGUAUCUUCUCGAUAAACUUCUCCCCACCUUGAUCCCCGGAGUGGAGCAACUGUUACGGGUAGCAGAAAGGAAGAAAUUGCUGGACUUGAAGGAAUCCCAGCGCUGCCAAUUUGACCCUGUGAAUUUCCUGGGAGAAUAUCUGAUGAGGCAUAACCCUUCCUUUGACUUGACAGCACAGCCGAACCCCUACACGCAAGGGCUGAAGGUGAUCGCGGAUAAGCUGAAAACCCAAGUGCCCCACACAACUAUGCAUAAACUCACCGAGAUGAAGAACCUGGUUGAAGAGAAACGCCAGCGAAGGAAGGAUGUGGAGAACAUAAAAAAUCGAGUGAACCAGUUGCGGAAGGAGGCCUUGGCUCUGCAGUUCCAGGAGUGGACCCUGGAUGCCUCUGGACAGAUACCGCUGGCGCUGAUCCAAAGUGCCCUGAAGUCCUUCUUGGAGGUCAUCAGCCCAAUGCAUCAGUCCAAGGGGACAGACAUCUAUGCCAGGCCGCUGGAAGCCGUAGGAACGCUGGACGUGAAGGUGAACCAAGAGGAAUUCGUGGAGUACCUCCUUUCUUAUAUCAAAAAUUUCACCAGUGACAUGUUCCAGGAACUGCUGAAGCAUCUCCUACAAUGUGCUCAUGACACCCGAAAUAUCAUCAGACAUGACAUCUGGAGGCAGAUGUUUCUCCAGCUGUUCUUUGAUUGUGACCGUGGAAAGAUAGGGCUCUUGGACAGACCGAGGGUGCUGUCACUACUGGAGAUGUUCUUCAACAGCAGCUCGCCUCUCGCCAAGGCGUCCUAUCGUGACCCAAGAAAAUGGCCAAUAGCUGAACUGGAUGACAUAGACCUCAUUGAGUUUUGGGGUGACCUGGAACCUGAAGAAGAUGAGGAGGACCUCCCAGAAGACGAUCUGCCAGCUCCUGAGCGUACAUUAUCUGAGGAAGCCACCCUCCUCAAUACGCUCCUGAAGGAUGUACUUGUGGAUGAGGAAUUAGCAGCCCAAGGCACCGACAAAGCCCCGGAGCAACCAGUGCUCAGCGAGCCAGAGGAAGCUGGGCUGGAGCAGCAGGUCAGCCAGCUGGAUGUGGGGGGUGAAGCUGUCCCCACAGCAGCCUCACAAGAUCAAGCAGAAAUGCCGGUUGCUGAGCUGGAACCCCAGGGAGCAGAGACCCAGGAGGAGCCUGUACCAGCAUCAGAAGCUACCCUAGAACCAGCUGCUGAAGGAGCUGAGAUCCCUGAAGGUGAAGAGCCUGCUCCAGAAGACCAGCCCGUCACAGUGCCUGAGCCGGGUCUGGAAAUUGAAGAGGCUGCUGAGGAACCCAAGCCAGCAAGGGAUGUUCUCUUAUCCCUCACCAAGGUUGCAGUUCAGGUGCAGAAGAUCCUGGAUCAAGAGGAAGAUUCUGAUGGAGUUUUUAAAGAUUCUGACCGGAAAGCUCCCCCGGGGGAGAGCGACCUUGCGGCAGAGGAAAUGGGGGCAGAUGAGGCCGGUGGGCAGGAAGAGGAAAGCAGAGAAAAAGAGAAAAGAAGAGAAAGCAGAGAAGAGAAAGCAGAGCCAGACGACAAAAGGCCAUCAGGCCCAAAGGACCAGGCUGCUGCAGGAACAGAAGGACCACCAGGAACUCCGGCUACAAACUUGUUGCCCACCAGCCAAGCCAGCAAGGAGAAGGAAAAAGGACCUCAGCUGGUCUACGGGGAGGUCUGGUCAGGCAGCUUAGAGGCGGCAGACUUAACCUUCAAGUAUGCGGGUUACGGCAAGGAAAUCCGAGAGGACUGGAACAAAGAAGACUCCAGGUUUCCAGAUCUCCGCAUGAACAUGAUAGAAAUCCUGGCUCGGGGGCCCCCCGCUUCCACCAGCCCCUUCGACAAGAAUUCCCUCAACCUGCCCCAGUUUGUGCAGGUCAUGGAGACCUUCGUCAGCGAAAGGACACAUCUGCCAGAGCUGAGGAAGCUCACAGAGUUUGUGAAGAAAGGAUACGUGCAGAUGGAGGCCGAGAAGCUCAGCCAGCUGGAGAAAAUUCAUCACUCUUUCAAGCUGGUCCGGCAGCAGCUCCUCAUAGCAGCCCUUUUUGAGAAGUGGGAUACCGAAUGCUCCGGGUUCUUGGAUAUGGCGGAGGUCAACGCUGUUCUGAGCACCUUUAAGGAAGGGAUGGAAGACGAAGCUUUGACUAAGGCUAAGCUGCAGCUUCCCUUCCCCAACUGGCACCCCAGCGGGGUGGUGAAGUUAACGCAGAAAGACUUCCAAGCCUACAUUGAGCUGGUGGUGUCCCAGCUUACCGGACAGGAAGACGAAGUUUUGGACAACAUCGUAGAGUUCCUGAUGAUGGCCGUGGAGCGCACCCACCUGGAGCGGCUGCGAGAGAACGCGCGGCGGAAAUGGCUGCUCCGGAUUGAACACGUGGCCAAGACCAGUGGCGGGUGCAUGGAGCCCGUGUAUCAGGAGGUCUUCAAGGCUCUCUCCCGGGAUACUGAUGCCCAUGGAGACAAGAAGAAAGUGAGUGCAUACAUUGCCCUUCUGGAAUAUAACGUCAUUGCCCCCGAGCGGGGAGAUAUUCUCCUCCGCUAUGUGGCCUGCACAGAAGAUGAUGCCCCUUAUGUCCUAAACCAGAUCCUUUUCAUGGAUAUGCAAGGGGUCAGCUUUGCAGCCGCCUUGGACGACAAGCCGAUCCACGUCCCGCGAGUCCAGCUGCACGGGAACAUCCACUUCUGGAACUCUGACCGCUCCAAAACUGAGCAGAAGGGCUCCUUCUUGGUGCUGCCCCUGGAAGAUGUCCGGAGAAGAGUCUUCGGGGUCCUCGGCCUGGACACCCUCCAGGACAGGAAUGAAAAAACCAUCUUCGUCCCCCACGAGAUCCGUUUCUAUCAGGGGAUCGCACACUCGUUCAGCAAGGCCUACCAUUACAUCCGCACCCAGCAAAGUCUGCUGCAGGUCAUCAUCACCGCGGUGGGCUGGCUCUCUGGCCACGCACCAGGCCUUCAAAACAUCGCGGCCUACUUCAUGGAGCCUGGAGAGAACCGGGUGCAGGACUAUAUCUUGCGCAAAGUCAUGGCUUCAGAUUUAAAAGGGGAGCUGAAAGUCAACGCCCCACCAGCGCCUACACUCACCCGGAAGGAAGAUAUCUUCAGAGAUUACCUGUUCAAGUGCGUAGACUGUGCUCUGGUGGUUACUGAAAGAAUCUACAGAGAACAUCACGUGGCAGUUCCACUGAGGAAUCCGACCGGCGAAGCCGUUGUGGUGCUUGACCUCAACCUUGGGCACAGGCAGCAGCUGUCGCCUUGCGCACAUAAGGACCUACAGAAGAUGCUGAAGAUGAUGCAGGCUGCCACUGAAGAGAUACUGAAGGAGGACUCUGGAGAUCUGGAACCAUACUACGUCUUGGAGGCUGAAUAUGUUGGGGACUGGCGGCGCGGAGGGAUCCUCUUCUACCGCUUCAUGCUGCAGGACCUGCAGAGCUGCAUCUGGAACCUUGACCCCUGGGCAUCCUUUGGCGACAUCCGGUCCUUGGAGCGACCUCCAGCCCUUGUGCACACCGUCUUGAAAUGCGCGUUGCUCGUUUUGUACCCACAGUGGGCUGGCACCGAGGAGGUCGAGGACUGGAACUGCUGCGUACAGAAACUCGACGGAGAACUAAUCGAGAACAUUUGCUACUUUGACCCCACCGCUUCGUACGUGGAGGUGCGGCCAGAGGUUCUGUACCGCUGUCUCCAAGGUACACCCAGGAGAGCUGUGUGGAGGUUUGGCUCGGCUCCGUUAGAGUACCUUUACAACUGGACGCGAGUCUGCCUGUUGUUGAUCGAAAAGGCCAAGAAGCUUCAGCACCACGACAGCGUGGCUGGGUCGUUUUCGGCACUGCUGACACCCUCUUUGUCUCAGUCACUCCGCUCAUCGCAGAUUUCAACUAUCCAGACUGUCUCUUUGGCCUUUGGAAGCCAAGUUGCCAACAGCAGAAAAGAGGAUCUGUUAAGGUAUUGCACGGGGCGUCCGGUGUACGAUGACUCGCUGCAUAAGCCACCGAGCUGUGCCUGGCGCAGAUGCCUCUCGUCUGCUGAGAAGCGAGUCUGUGCUCUUGAGAAGAAGGUGGCUGAGCUUCGGGUGCUGAGGCGGGCAGAGAGGCGCGUGGACAGGACCUUCUGGGAUCCGAAAGCGGUGACCCACUCUCCGAGCGACAGUUCUCUUGCUGUCCAGGAGAAGGGUCUUGCGGAAAGAGAACAUCUUCAUCAGGGAGCUGUUCCCACAGCAGAACUGGUCCUGGGGAGAUGGUCCCACAUCCUGCCAUACCAAGACACUCCUCUGGGCAACGCAGUCAUGAGGAGCCCACCGGGAUGGGCUUGGCAUAGAUGUUCUCAGGUUUCCUCUCCAACCCCCGAGUUCAGAGGUGUCCAUGCUCUUUCUUCAAAGUCCAACUUUGGCUUCCCCGGAAGGUCAGUCCGGUCUCCCUGGCCAGGCCGAGGGAAGGGGGCAGGCGGUCCCCCACAGGACUGCACCGCCACCGCCGCCACCCGGAACGGCCCCUGGCAACCGGCUGUCCCCAGGGCGGCUGGCGCGGCGGAGAUGGCACCCGAGGGGCACCCCGGCCCCUGCGGGCGCCCUCGCCCUCUGGCCGGCUGCUGCUACCAGCUGCCCUUCCAGAGCAGUCCCGGGCGAGGGCCCCAAGGGGGGAGCGUCAUCCCGGCCCCCAGGUUACUCCGAGAAGGACAAGGCCCGUCUUAA